CCUGCAGGUUAUCUGAUUGUUUCCAUGGACCCUCUCCCACCUGUCAUCAUUGGAGAUACGAUCACGCUGAAGUGUAACUUCCAAACGGAUGGCACCCUGAGAGAAAUCGCUUGGUUCCAGGCAAUUGAGGGAGGCAACGCCAAGCAGAAGAUUUUCACUUAUGAUUCUGUGUACAACACAAGUUAUUCCAACAUGGAGGACACAAACAAAAGAGAGGAACUGGUUUACCACUCAACAGUACGCCUUCCUGAGGUCCAGCUGGAGGAUGAUGGUCUGUAUGAGUGCCAUGUGGGCAUCUACAGCAAAGGUUCCAGAGAAAAGAUGAUCGUAGCAUCUGGCAGCAUCACUCUAACUGUUAUCGUCCCCCCCAAGUCUAUUUCUGUCGCUGCUGCCAACAGCCCUGCUCCCUUCAGCCGUUACGAGGCCAAGAACUUCACCCUGGUUUGCAUUGUUACUGGAGCAAAGCCGGCUCCCUUGGUUUACUUCAAACGGGAUGGUGAGCUUAUUGAUGUGUUUCCCACGGCUCGUUCUUCUUCUUUGGUGGGAUACCACAGUAAGCGCUCCAGUCCAGACAAAAACCGAGGUGGAAACCAGGUUCUUCCCAGGGGGGACCUUGAUGACACCAAAAUCCACAAGUCACUGUCCCUGCAGAAUGAAGCUGGGAAGCUGACUCAGCUGAGACCCAAUGAGACAGAUUCCUUUGAACACAGUGAAGAGGAAGGAUCAAAGUUAAAGCUUGAAUCAACCACAGAGCAGAUCCCUGAGACGGUGGUGAGCAGAGAGUUUCCCCGCUGGGUCCAGAGCAGUGACCCGCUCUACUACUUCCAGCACUGGCAGCAGGUGGUGGGGGAUGGCACCAUGGAGGUUAGAGCAAUGCUGACCUGGAGCCUCAACCCUCAGCUGGACAAUGAAGCCCUGUUCAGCUGUGAGGUCAACCACCCAGCUCUGUCCAUGCCCAUGCAGGCCGAGGUCACACUCACUGCUCCCAGAGGACCUAAACUGUCCACCAGACCCACCAAGGCCAAAGUGGGAGACACAGUGCGGAUCUCUGUCCAAGGCUUCCAGCUGGGACCUUCUGCUACCAAGGUCUUCCCAGAGCCUUUGUUCACCUGGACCAGGGUUGGUGGGAAUAUGCUGGACGGCAGUGAGAAGCAUGAUGGGAGGGAGCUGGUUCUGGAGCGGGUCCCUGCGGAGCUGAACGGCUCCAUGUUCCGCUGCACAGCCCAGAACCCUCUGGGCUCCACAGACACUUACACCCGCCUCAUCGUGUUCGAGAACCCUAGACUGAAGAAAGGAAGAGAACAUUUUAUCGCCAUCAACGAAGCAGCUCGUCGGCCCUACCUCGUCUCCAACAUCCUUCUGCUGCUGAGAUUUACCUGCGAGCUGACAUGACCUGAGCUCUGCGGAUGAGACAGAACAUCAGCUGCCCUCCUGGUAGAAGCUUCAUCUGGUGAUAAGACUAGACUUCGAACUGAAGCGUCACCAUCAGACACAGAACCUGCAGGACCCACAUGCUUUAUUGUGGUUGGAGAACAUUGGUGUGUCAAUGUUU